CACAUGAGCAGGUGGAGCACCAGCGGACGGACUUGAAGUGAAGAAACAGACUCUGGAUGAUUUUUACUUUGCCCAAACUCCUUCUCUUACUGUCGGACAAAAGGACAGACAGCAGUGGGCAUUCAAAACAAACGGCAGCGGAAGAGAAACCUGACAGCGCCGCUCGGACUCUACUGAGGGAACUGACGGAGAGUACAACGGUCUCCACAAGAGCACUCUCUUCCGGUCCGCAGGUAAAGCGACCUCCCAGCAUGCAGCACUACGGGGUGAACGGCUACUCUCUGCACGCCAUGAACUCGCUGAGCGCCAUGUACAACCUGCAUCAGCAGGCCGCGCAGCAGGCACAGCACGCGCCCGACUACCGGCCAUCCGUGCACGCGCUCACACUGGCAGAGAGACUAGCUGACAUCAUCCUGGAGGCUCGCUACGGCUCUCAGCACCGCAAACAGCGCCGCAGCCGCACGGCCUUCACCGCACAGCAGCUCGAGGCGCUGGAAAAGACCUUCCAGAAGACACACUACCCGGAUGUGGUGAUGAGAGAGCGACUGGCCAUGUGCACCAACCUGCCCGAGGCCCGCGUGCAGGUUUGGUUCAAAAACCGCAGAGCCAAGUUCCGUAAGAAGCAGCGCAGCCUGCAGAAAGAGCAGCUUCAGAAGCAGAAGGAAGCCUCAGGAGAAGGAGGAAGCGAGAAGGAGGAUGCAGCUCCCUCCACAACUGUCCUUCCUGACACCCAACUCCCUCCUCCCUCCUCCUCCUCCUCCUCUUCUCUGGAGACAGAGGUUGCUGGGGUCUGUCCCGAACCCCUGGACAUCGAACUGAAUGUCACAUCAGCAGAACACUCUGGCAGCGAGUCUGCGACAGAGGACAAUGCCACAGAUAAGGAGGACGAGGGUAAAUCUCAGAGAGAGGAGAUGAAGUGUGAGAGAGCAGCGACUCCUGAGGACAGAUCUCCAGGUUGCAAAAGACUCAGCCCUAAACCAGACUCUCCUUUCGUCUCUCCGUCCGUGACGCCCUCCUCCUCCAGCGGCGCCAUGUCCAGCGCUGGCCCCCUCCCUCAGAGCCACUCUUACUCUUCCUCCCCCCUCAGCCUGUUCCGUCUGCAGGAGCAGUUCCGUCAGCACAUGGCCGCCACCAACAACAUGGUGCACUACCCUGCCUUCGACCUCUCCGCCCCAUCUUCACUCCCCUACCUGGGGAUGAAUGUUAACAUGCCCCCCGCCCCGCUGGGCUCUCUGCCCUGCCAGUCUUACUACCAGUCCCUGUCCCAUCACGCCCAGCAGGUGUGGGGCAGCCCCCUGAUGCAGGCGCCGGCUGCGGGCGGCCUGGCCAGCCACAACAGCAAGACCACCAGCAUCGAGAACCUGCGUUUGAGAGCCAAACAGCACGCCGCCUCGCUGGGACUGGACACAAUGUCUAACUGAGGAUCAGAUUGUAUGGAGGGCACACUCAACAUACACACACAUCACCCCAUCCCACUGUGUGUACGUGAGACUGUGCACAGGACAACAUGCACAGGACCUACAAAGCUCCCAACAUCAACAGCUGGUUUGACUCCUCUUAGCUUCCAAAUCAUCUGACGGUCUAGGACACAAGAUAUUGAAUAUUGAUGCGAUGGAUGAAAUGAAUGUCCCACUCAGAGGACAGUGAACUUAUUCAUGACUCACAUGAUGAUGUUUCCAUCAGACACCUACUGUAAUGCUGGACCUUCUUAACAUCUGAAAAAAAUCUAAAUAAGAAUCACUGAAAUCGAUGUACACAGCUGAUGAUGGAUGCACUCGGUUUAAAAAGGACAAUGCAAAUAAUGUUUACAAGAACAAUGUGAAUAAAUGAGGCACUUUUGAAGGAAUUGGGCUCGUUGGCCAGGAGGAAAAAGGUAUCGCUCAUGCAGCAGGGAGAACCUUUCUUUCACAGGACCAUUGACAUUUCAAUUAAGCAGCGUGGUUAUGUACAUAGCAUGUACUACAUAACAGCACAUAAAUAAAAAUAAACUUCAAGCUGUGUUGUCCUCAAUAGCAUAAUUAAAAGAGACUCAUUUACCAGUUUAAUGGCCAGUAAUAUGCCACUUUGUACAGAGGCUGGCUUGAUAAUGAGAAAAUGAUUUCAGUGAGUAAAUUCUCAAAGCUUUUAAUUACAUUUUGCCCUGGGCUCAGGGAGCUGGGGCAAAUGCAAUUAUGAACAUGAAUACCAUUUAAGACUGCCUUUAUAUAUUCAAAAGCUCUGUGGCAACAUGAUUGACAUCAUUUAAACAUGAGUUGAUCACUUUGAAUACAAAGUGAUAAGGAAAACAAAUAUGGACAAAUGAAUAAAUGUCCCGUCCCAUAUUUAGUUAGCAGUUAUUCUUGCAUUAUUGAGGAAAACAUGCCGCUUGUCAUUGAAAGUAACACCGUCUGUAAGCACUUGAGGAGAAUCACACAUGUCUCCGAUGUUUUCUGUUAAUGUGUAAUGUCUUCACACGAAAAAAUGCACAUUAUUUGAAUAUGUAAAAUACAAAAAAAGUCUAUCUAUUAAUGUUUACUGGUAAGGUAAUUGUAAAGUUCAUAUUAUGUUGUACAAUUGAUAACGGACUCAGAUAAAGUUCCUUUUGCUGUCAGAUUGUAAGAUUGUAUUCGCUCACCGGCAGCCCCCUCUUACCCCACCUCUAUUGGUUGUCUGUGUAACGAUCCUGGGUUGCAUUAAUAUUUUAAAUGUGAUUUCUUUCUACACUUGAAUUGGCUAGAAAGAAGCAAAUUAACUAAUAUGGAUCGCUGCAAAACUGUCCCCUCAUGUAUGCUGCAAUCCAGACAAAAGUGAACAGAUUUCAGUGAAUUGACCCGAGUCCUUUGUGUACUGCUGUCUUGACUCUUUGAGUUCUGUUGUUGCUAUUAUUCUAAUGCUGUCCCCCCCCACUGUCUCUGUCAAACUACUUGGUCCAGUGGUAGAUACAUUUAUAAUGGUGGAGGAGAGAGAUGGAGCAGACCAUCAGCAGUGUUGUUUCCUUUGCCCCUCCCUGAAGAUGUAGACUUGAAUUAGUGUUGUUGUAAAAUAAUCGCAAAUAAAAACAUUGCU